GCUCGCGCCACCGUAGCCGCCGCGGCACCAGUGCCGCCUCCGCAGCCCGCGCCGCCGCGAUGGCGGAGGACAGCGAGUCUGCGGCCAGCCAGCAGAGCCUGGAACUGGACGACCAGGACACUUGCGGGAUAGAUGGGGACAAUGAAGAGGAGACCGAGCACGCCAAAGGAAGUCCCAGAGGGGACUUGGGUGCCAAAAAGAAAAAGAAGAAACAGAAGAGAAAGAAGGAGAAACCAAAUUCCGGAGGCACCAAGUCAGACUCUGCAUCUGAUUCCCAGGAGAUCAAGAUUCAGCAACCUUCAAAAAAUCCUGCCAUUCCAAUGCAGAAGUUGCAGGAUAUCCAGAGAGCAAUGGAGCUGUUAUCGGCGUGCCAGGGCCCCGCCAGGAACAUCGAUGAGGCUGCCAAACACAGAUACCAGUUUUGGGACACACAGCCGGUACCCAAACUAAAUGAAGUGAUAACAUCUCAUGGUGCAAUUGAAGCAGAUAAAGACAACGUGCGUCAAGAACCAUACUCCUUGCCACAGGGUUUUAUGUGGGACACUUUAGAUUUGGGUAAUGCAGAAGUGCUCAAAGAAUUGUACACCUUGUUAAAUGAGAAUUACGUAGAGGAUGAUGACAACAUGUUUCGGUUUGACUAUUCGCCUGAGUUCCUGCUGUGGGCUCUGCGUCCCCCGGGCUGGCUUCUUCAGUGGCACUGUGGAGUCAGAGUGUCUUCAAACAAAAAACUGGUAGGGUUCAUAAGUGCCAUCCCAGCAAACAUUCGGAUUUACGACAGUGUGAAGAAGAUGGUCGAAAUCAACUUUCUUUGUGUUCAUAAGAAAUUGAGAUCAAAACGAGUAGCCCCAGUGUUAAUUCGAGAAAUAACUAGAAGAGUGAACCUGGAAGGGAUUUUCCAGGCCGUUUAUACUGCUGGCGUGGUUCUUCCUAAGCCAGUGGCCACGUGCAGAUACUGGCAUCGAUCACUAAACCCCAGAAAAUUGGUAGAAGUGAAAUUUUCCCACUUGAGUAGAAAUAUGACUCUACAGAGAACAAUGAAGCUGUACAGACUUCCAGAUGUGACAAAGACUUCAGGCCUAAGACCAAUGGAACCAAGAGAUAUCAAAGCAGUUCGAGAAUUAACCAACAGCUACCUGAAGAGGUUUCAUCUUGCCCCAGUGAUGGAUGAAGAGGAAGUAGCCCACUGGUUCCUCCCCAAGGAGCACAUCAUUGACACAUUUGUAGUGGAGAACUCCAGUGGUAAACUUACUGACUUCCUGAGCUUCUACACACUCCCCUCCACAGUCAUGCACCACCCUGCUCACAAGAGCCUCAAAGCUGCCUACUCCUUCUACAAUAUUCACACGGAGACGCCCCUGCUAGACCUCAUGAAUGAUGCGCUCAUUAUAGCUAAAUUGAAAGGAUUUGAUGUAUUCAAUGCACUAGAUUUGAUGGAAAAUAAGACAUUCUUGGAAAAACUCAAGUUUGGUAUAGGAGAUGGCAAUUUACAGUAUUACUUGUACAAUUGGAGGUGUCCAGGAACAGAUUCUGAAAAGGUUGGACUUGUAUUACAAUAGGUGAAUGUUUCCAUUUCUAGAACUCUGACACCAUCAUUUAUUAAUACUUUACUUAAUGAUUCCUGGAACUAUUUUCCAAAGAAGAAUAAAAGCACAACUUAAGUGAAAUCGAUGCAGUUGGUAACAACUGGACAAGAUGAAAAAACAUCCAUAUAUGACCACUACUACGUAUUUCCAGCUAGAAUGCUAACAUUCUUCCUUUUCUUUUUUCCACGGCUUACCCAUUCGAAAGAGGGAUGAAAGGGUACAAAGAGCACAUUCCUCUAAUUUUCGAACCUUUGGCUGUCUCUUGAAGAGAAGCUAUUUUUCCAUUCUCUAGAAAGGGACCUAUUUAAUGGAUGGAACAGAAGUCAGACUCGUAUUAAAAAAAUCUUUGCUAAGGUGUGGAGAAAAACUGCUGCACUUCUGUUUAUCAAGUGGCUGUCUAUUUGUGUAACAGAAUAAAGGAUCCAUUUGGGAAAUUUUUCCUUAUAUCACCUUCCAUGAUACUAUUGGGAACAUGUCUGAAAUUAGCACUUCCAUAACUCAAUGAUGAGUGGUGGAUAUCUACCUGUAGAGCAAGAUAAAAAUGUACUGGUGACUAGUACAUUUAUUUCUCCAGAAGCAAAGUUGCCAAAACUGUAAAACACACAGACUUGUACUUUAACUUUCAACAUGUCAGUGGAUUAGUUCAAAAGCAAAGUUUUGCGCAAACAUGAAAUAUAUUCCCUGAAAGAGUAUGCACCCAUGACUAAUUAGACAUUUCUGCUGCUGCACAAAUUCAUUUCUUCUCAGCAACAGCAAGGAUAUGUGAGGAAAAGGAAAUGGAAGCACUAAAGUCAAAGGAAAUGCCCAGUGGAAUUUAUUAGUGCUAUCAGGAUAUUGAUAGUAUGAAUGUCUUUAUUACUUAUGCAGAAUUGCACAUACUCCUUUAUGCUGACUUUAAUUUAUCAUGAAAGCUGUCAUGGUAAUAGAAAAUGUCUUAUUUGUAAAUAAGUAUUCAUAAUUUUGUUACUGAUGGUGUUUUUAUCCAGAAUUUGAAAAACCAAGUUUCACAGUGUACAUAAAUGCAUAUAUUGUCAAUAGUCCAAGGGGGGGAAAGAUGCUAAAUGAGGCCACAUAGCCUGGCCUUGACUCAAAUAUCACAAAGUAGAUACUUCUUCCUGCCUUCCCUCUUCUAGUGCCUAGUCUGUUUAAUCCAGAAAAAUGUAAUUAUUUUAGACAUAAUGGCUUUUCCUUCAUGUUAUAAGUAGUUAAAUAAAAAGUCACAUCUUCUACCAGGCAAAAGCUAGCAAACUGUGGUCCAUCAGCUAAAUCCAGCCCACCACCUGUUUUUUGUACAGCCCACAAGCUAAGGAUGGUUUUUGUUUUUG